GGUAACCCGCAACGUCCUUGUCCUUGCGCACAUCGACCGCCUUCACGGUUGGGCCGGGGAUUUGGUUUUGUCAUUCACCCGUACUUGAAUAGAAUAAAACCUUCCAAACAUGAUGGCCGCCAGGUUUCUCCGCCGGACUCUCCCUGCGUUGAGGCAAGCUCGCUCCUACGCUGAAGCCGCCUCCGGUGGCCCGCAAAUGUCCUUCACUUUCGCCUCACCGACACAGGUUUUCUUCAGAGAGGCCAGUGUGAAACAGGUUGACGUCCCCACACUUACCGGUGCGUUCGGCAUCCUCCCGGCUCACGUGCCCACCCUGCAGGUGCUCCGGCCCGGUGUCGUCACAGUCUUUAAUGACGACGGCUCCACUGCCAAAUACUUUGUGAGUAGCGGGUCAGUGACGGUCAACGCUGAUUCUUCUGUGCAACUGCUUGCUGAGGAGGCUGUUCCCCUCGACCAGCUGGAUGUAGCAGCAGCUAAGGCCAACCUUGAAAAAGCCCAGUCCGAAUUGGUCGGUGCAGCUGACGAAGCAGCAAGGGCAGAAGUUCAGAUCAGCAUAGAAGCCAACGAGGCCAUCGUCAAGGCUCUGGAAUAGACUUGCGAUAACCUGUUGCUUGGAUGAAAAUGUUCUGUUCUGCUCCAGCUCAGACCCGUCGGUGUCCAGGAAAUACCAUUUUUUCUUUGUACAGUGAAUGAAGUUAACAAUAAAUUUAUUUGGAGUUACUUUGUGAA